UAGAAAUAUUUUUUUAAUUUACAACCUACAAAAUAACUAUGCAUCCUCUACGAGAACGCACAUGCGACGAGCUGCUCGAACAUCCUCUCCUGCGCACUCCUCCGCCAGAGCCGGAACGACCGCGUCCUCCACGCGUCCGCAAACCCAGAGAAUUUAAACUCCCACCAAGAUUUCCGCUGUUGUCGAAAGAUUUCUACGCAACCUGGUGUAAUCAUCAAAAAGAGUUACAAAUGUCAAAACAUAAAGUGGAUGAUCAUCCACCGGAACUAUUUCCUGAACUGUACCUAAAACCGCGUCGCCUCGAUUACUACGCGCGUCAACUUGAGGAAAAUAUGAACGUUAACAAAGAACUGCUAAAACGAAUCAAUCUUAUACAGAGGACUGGUGGUUUCGUGGAUUGUUGGAUGUAUCCCGAGCCAACUGACACCUACAACAAAUUACUGUGUAAGCAAAGACAGCGAGUGCUUGAUGAAAUACGCAGGCAAAACCACUAUCUCUACUCAAGAUUACUUAUUGCGAGAUCAGAACAACCGCUUACGAAAGAACUGGAAGAACUUUGGCAAGACACAAAACACAAACUUAUAUUGGGAGCUUCAUUACCAUUUAUUUUAUUUAAAACUGAGAAAAUUGACCGUGACAUCAAAGAUCCCGCGUUUGAUAAACCUUUCCACGUGCAGCGAACCAAGGUAUCAAUGGAAAUAUGGGUCGUUGGUGGCUCUAAAAUAGGACGAGUUAUUGUUGAACUGUUCACUGAUAUAGCACCGAAGACAUGCCAGAUGUUUCUUAGUUUAAUAAAAGGAGACCCCAAAGGACACGCGUAUAUGGGCACUAGAAUAUUUAGAGUCGUUCCUAAUUUAUAUUGCCGAGGAGGAGAUGUCACGAAAGACAAUGGUUUUGGUACAUAUAUUCCUGAUAAUUUGACUGAGCCAAUGGUACCCGAAAACUACAGACUAAAUCACACUGUACCCGGUGUUCUCUCAAUGGUCGUGACACCUGAUGAUGAAGUAUAUGGACAAUUUAAUAUAAUUUUUAAGCCAUUACCACAAUUUGAUGGUAAACAUGUCGUUUUUGGUCGGAUAGUAGCUGGUCCGACCCAAGCGCUAGAGCGAAUUAGUGCUCUCGGCCUGCCUCUCGGCACGACGACGUCCGACUGCGUCAUCCGCUACUGCGGGUGGUUCACGCGCUCUGGGCAGUAUCGUGAGGGUAAUCCUUCUACUAUUAAAUUUCCUCCAAGACGUAAGGUCAAGAAAUAAACUGAAAUUGUUUUAAU